AUGCACGGAAGUGACAUGUCUGGUGCAGAUGAUAUACCUGACACUAAUGAUCAUGGUAUACCUAAUGAUUUAAAUUAUAAUAUAAAUAACAAUAACAAUAAUAAUGAUAAUAAUAAUAGUAAUAAUAUUCCACAAUUUAGAGAUGAUAAUUCGUUAAUUAGUAGCGAAAAUCAAUUUGAGGCUCAUAUUACAAAACCUUAUACAAUUAAAAAUAAAAAUAAUCAAAAAAAUGGAAAUUUAGUUGAAAUUAGUACUUUAUCAAAUACUCCUUCAUUUACUGAUAUAACACCAUCUUCGGAAAAUAAUAAUAAGAAAAUAGAAAAAAUUCAAUAUGAUGAAAUGAAAUUAAAUUCCAAUGAUGAUGAUGAGUAUGAUAGUAAAAAUACUAAUGAUCGUACUGAUAAUGAUAGAAUUAUUAUUAAACCCGUCAAUGAUGAAGAUGAUACUUCUGUUAUUAUUACAUUUAAUCAAAAAAUGUCUCCAUUCAUUAUUAUUUUAACAUUUGUUGCAUCAUUAUCGGGUUUCUUAUUUGGUUAUGAUACCGGUUAUAUUUCAUCUGCUUUAGUAUCAAUUAAUAAAGAUUUAGAUCAUAAAGAAUUAACAUAUGGUGAUAAAGAAAUUAUUACCGCAGCUACUUCAUUAGGUGCUUUAAUAUCGAGUAUCUUUGCAGGUACUGCAGCCGAUAUUUUUGGUAGAAAACCUUGUAUUAUGUUCUCAAAUAUUAUGUUUGUCAUUGGUACAAUUAUUCAAAUUUCGUCUCAUACUUUUUGGCAAAUGGCAGCAGGUAGAUUAGUUAUGGGUUUCGGUGUUGGUAUCGGUUCUUUAAUUUCACCAUUAUUUAUUAGUGAAAUUGCUCCAAAGAUGGUUAGAGGUAGAUUAACUGUUAUUAAUUCCUUAUGGUUAACAGGUGGUCAAUUGAUUGCUUAUGGUUGUGGUGCAGGUUUAAAUCAUGUACAUAACGGUUGGAGAAUCCUAGUUGGUCUAUCUUUAAUUCCAACUUGUUUGCAAUUUGUAUUUUUCUUAUUCUUACCUGAUACCCCAAGAUAUUACGUUAUGAAAGGUAAAUAUGACGAAGCUAAAGAGGUAUUACGUAGAAGUUACGUUGAUACUACUGAUGAAAUUAUUGAACAAAAGAUUCAUGAAUUAAGAGAAUUGAAUAAAUCUAUCCCAGGUAAAAAUAAAGCUGUACAAGUUUGGAAUACUAUCAAAGAAUUACAUACUGUUCCAUCAAACCUAAGAGCUUUAGUCAUUGCCUGUGGGUUACAAGCUAUUCAACAAUUCACUGGUUGGAAUUCUUUAAUGUAUUUCUCAGGUACCAUUUUUGAAACCGUUGGUUUCAGUAAUUCAAGUGCUGUCUCUAUUAUUGUUUCUGGUACUAACUUCAUCUUUACUUUAAUUGCAUUCUUUGCCAUCGAUAAGAUUGGUCGUCGUGUUAUCUUAUUGAUCGGUUUACCAGGUAUGACUGUCUCAUUGGCAAUGUGUGCCAUUGCAUUCCAUUUCAUUGGUAUUAAAUUCAAUGGUAAUGAUGCUGUGGUUUCUAAUGGUGGGUUCUCUUCAUGGGGUAUUGUCAUUAUUGUCUUCAUCAUUGUAUUUGCUGCAUUUUACGCCCUUGGUAUCGGUACUGUUCCAUGGCAACAAUCCGAACUAUUCCCACAAAAUGUUAGAGGUAUUGGUACCUCUUAUGCUACUGCAACAAAUUGGGCUGGUUCUCUUGUUAUUGCCUCUACAUUUUUAACUAUGUUACAAAAUAUUACUCCAACAGGUACUUUUGCAUUCUUUGCAGGGUUGUCGUUUUUAUCUGCAAUUUUCUGUUACUUCUGUUAUCCUGAAUUAUCUGGUUUAGAAUUAGAAGAAGUUCAAACUAUAUUGACAGAUGGGUUUAAUAUUAAAGCUUCAAAGGCUCUUGCUAAGAAGAGAAAGAAGCAAGCAAGAAUGGUUCAAGAACAUUUGAAAUAUGAACCAACUCAAGAAAUCAUUGAGGAAUAG